AUGGUGGGAUUGAAGAAAUUUUUCCAAGAAAAGACUACUCGUCCGGCGACCAGUCUUGGACUAGAGGGCUGUGGGAGGGAUGAUCCCUAUUAUAGCAUGGCGAUUGACUCGCCUGCUCGAAGUCACUUCGACGGCUUCCCAUCCAGAGAAUCGCAGUCAUUAGAUGUGGCCCAUCAUUUUGAUCAGAUUGAAAAGCAAUUCGAGGAUCUACAUGAUCGUCUUGACCGGCCAACAUCUUCUCAGUCCCAAUUACCGCCUGCCACUCAUUUCAACGUCCCAAAAUCCCAGAAUGGCCGAUAUAUCGAUUUGAUGGAUGCUCUGACCUCUUCGGAGCGCCCUCAGACGACUACUCCAGAAUCCCUCUCUCCUCCUGUCAGCCCAUACAAUGAGGAUAUCGCAGAAAGGAAUAUGACCCGGUUUCUACGCAUACAAUACCGAAAUGGACUAUCUAGCUCCCGGAUACUCUCGGCGUUGUACCAAGAAGAUGUGGCGGACCGAAAUAUUGCAAAGUAUAGCAACACUGGUCGCACUAUGUCAAGCUUGAGUUGUCGAUCCUCUCCGGCUGCACCUGGUAGAGUCCGUAUCCCAGAAGGCCAAAGGCGCAAAUCCAGGAAGCGCGAUCCAGGGAAGCCUACAUGGGCUUCAGCGGAGAAUCUGCGGACAAACGCCUCUAAAGAUGAUGGCUCAGGCACCCCUUCCAAGGGAGGGUCUGGCAAUUCUCUUCGGCCCCGGAGAUCAGCACCAAGUCUUUGUGCAGAUGAAGGUUUCAUCCCGCAAGAAGAUGCGCCACCAAGUCCUGUUCAGCGCUUGGGUGUCCCUCCUGCCUACAAACAAGGCAAAAGAUGGAGCAACACGCCGCUUCCCGACAGUCCAACAAUUCCUAUCCCUACCCCUAAGGCAGAUAGCAGUGACGCCACUAAGGCACCUUCAGUGCCAAAACCACCUUCGACUAUAGCUCGCAGUUCAUCAUUGACCCCUCGAUCAAUCUCUCCGUCACCAUCAUCAGGAUCCGGCUCCAAAAAGAAUGCCCGAGGUCUUUCAAUUAACACUCAAUUGGCAACUCAAGGACGCCCAAAGAUUGCGCACCGUGCCAUCCAACCACCGACACCAUCAACUUCUAGCAUGAAACGAGCUCCGAGCAUCGCGGAAGUGAUGAACAGUCCUCUACCAUUUCCCAGUCCAAUCAGUCCCCCCAAAUCGUUUCCAGGCUACAAAGCCUCGGAGUUAAUGGACUUGUUCACCAAGGCAUAUAUGUCUGCUCAAGGAUCUCUUCCAACAUACGAGUCACUCCACGAUGCCAUAGUCCGUGAAAUAAACUCCCACGAGGCAUUCCGACGUGUUCCUGUGCCAGCCCCAGGGCCCCCAUUCACGCCCUCCCCUGAGCAGGGCGAGUUCGGCAAUGCCUCAAGACCAGCAAUUGGACUCAACCGGAGUUUUUCAACCAAAAGCCGGAUGAACAAAAACUCGUUCACAAAACACAAUAGAACACCAGAGUCCCGCCGCAGCAUUUCAACCAGUGUCGGGUACGACAGACUCCUGAGAAAGGUCUCUGGGUCCCCUGCUCGCCGUCGACACACUGAUGCCCCACCUCCCUCCCCAGGCUUCCUGGCAGAAUUCCAACCUAAAAAUCCCGCCGUCUCCUCACCUGUGACCGGAGAACCAAUUACUUAUAUGGACGUGUUGCGCGCAAGCAGUGAUCAACAUGCAGCCUCAAGUGCCCACUGCGCGAGUCCCCAUGUGUCCCGCAAAAGAGGCCGCUCCGAUUCUGUCGGCAACCUCGCUGCUAUCCCACGCUCCACCCCAGACAUGUCUCCCACCCCGAAGACAGUCUACUGCAUGCAAGCGCACUCCACUCCUUCAAGCAAUGGUUCGCAUGAAGAUAGCGACGACGACAUCAUCCACCUUCCUAGCUUGACUAUGCCGCUUCCGCGCGUGCAGAUCGAAGGCGUGGACGAGAACAACGUGCGCUACGUGAUUGAUGCUGCGUCGCCUGACGAUGCGCAGAAGCUUAUGUACUGGCCUCAGCGUAUUCGUGGGGGUGUUGGCUCCAAAAUUUAUGGGAACAGUCUGUCGCCCCUGUCUCGUGCGCGAAUGCAGCUUCGUGGCUCUCGCUCCGUGGAAUCUUAUUAG